AUGUCGGAAGGUGCCUCUAACAAGUAUGGGCGGGCCCUGAAAAAGGCACUGGGGAUUGAGGACCAGGAGAAGAGCUAUUAUGUCGCGGGGGGUAAUGGAUUGCAUGCCUAUGUUGAUCCGGAUCCCACGACCGGCGAGUGGGUGCGCGCGCAUACCCCGACAGGAAAGCAGGUCGCCCGCUACUUCUACAACAUCUUUCCCUUCCUGCACUGGAUCGGGUACUACAACGUGCAGUGGUUUAUCGGAGAUUUGAUCGCCGGUAUCACUGUGGGUGCGGUCGUCGUGCCCCAGGGCAUGGCCUAUGCCGAACUCGCCAACCUGGAGCCCGAGUAUGGUCUCUACUCCUCCUUCAUGGGAGUCUUGAUCUAUUGGUUCUUUGCUACCUCCAAGGACAUCACCAUCGGCCCUGUCGCAGUUAUGUCCACCCUCGUCGGCACGAUCAUUAUCAACACGCGCCAAGAACACCCCGAGCUAGACCCUCCCGUCAUUGCCUCGGCGCUGGCUAUCAUUUGCGGAGCAAUCGUGGCCGCGCUAGGAUUCCUUCGUCUGGGUUUCAUUGUCGAUUUCAUCCCCCUGCCGGCUAUCACCGCGUUCAUGACCGGAUCCGCGAUCAAUAUCUGUGCUGGUCAGGUGAAGUCCCUCCUCGGAGAGACUGCUAAUUUCUCAACUCGCGGCGCGACCUACGAAAUGAUCAUCAACUCCCUGAAAAACCUUCCUACCACACAAAUGGAUGCCGCGAUGGGUCUCACAGCAUUGUUCGUACUUUAUGCUAUUCGUUGGGCUUGCAACUAUGGAGCGAGAAAACACCCGCAGAAGGCGAAGCUGUUCUUCUUCCUAUCUACCCUGCGUACGGCGUUCGUCAUUCUCUUCUACACCAUGAUCAGUGCCGCGGUCAACCUGCACCGUCGCGAUAACCCGGCGUUCAAGAUUCUGGAGACCGUGCCUCGUGGAUUCAGGCAUGCGAAGGUCCCCGAGCUGAACAAGGAGAUUAUCAGUUCAUUUGCGCAUGAGCUUCCUGCCGCAGUCAUCGUGCUGCUUAUUGAGCACAUUGCUAUCUCCAAGUCGUUCGGUCGAGUCAACAACUACACUAUCGACCCCUCCCAGGAGUUCAUCGCCAUCGGUAUCUCCAAUCUCCUUGGUCCCUUCCUGGGAGGAUACCCUGCGACCGGUUCGUUCUCGCGUACUGCUAUUAAAGCGAAGGCUGGUGUGCGAACUCCUCUUGCCGGUGUCAUAACUGCUCUUGUCGUACUUUUAGCCAUCUAUGCCCUGCCCGCUGUCUUCUUCUACAUCCCCAAAUCAUCACUGGCAGCUGUAAUCAUCCACGCCGUCGGUGAUCUCGUCACACCUCCCAGCGUGACCUAUCAAUUCUGGCGGGUAUCCCCCAUCGACGCUCUCAUCUUUCUGAUGGGUGUUAUCGUGAUCACCUUCACCACCAUCGAGAUCGGAAUCUACUGCACCAUCUGCGUUUCUCUCGCUGUGCUCCUCUUCCGUCUCGCAAAGGCCCGCGGCCAAUUUCUCGGUCAGGUCACCGUCCACUCGGUCAUUGGCGACCACCUUCUCGAUGAGGCAACAGGCCCCUACACCAGCAAGAACGCUCGCAAUGCCUACCUGCCAACCUCUCGCACUGACGGAUCAAACCCCAACGUCAAGAUCCAGCAACCAGCACCAGGGAUCUUCAUCUAUCGUCUCUCAGACGGUCUCAACUACCCCAACGCAAACCACUACACCGAUUACCUCGUCGACCACAUCUUCGCUACAACCCGAAGAGCCGACUUCGGACUCGACUCGAACCCCGGUGAUCGGCCCUGGAACGACCCGGGCCCAAGCAAGAAGGACAAAAAGGACCAAGAAGAGCUCUUGGCCCGACCAACUCUGCAAGCAAUCAUCCUUGACUGCGCCUCAGUCAACAACGUUGACGUAACCUGUGUUCAAACCCUCAUCGACGUCCGCAACCAACUUGACCGCUACGCAGCUCCUCACCGCGUCCAAUGGCACUUCGCGCACCUGAGCAAUCGCUGGGCUAAACGUGCUCUCGCAGCUGCAGGCUUCGGCUACCCGACCAGCGACCUCGUUGAUCCGAGCCGGAAGUGGAAGCCCAUCUUCAGCGUCGCGGAGAUGCAUGGCGAUCCUUCGGCGGUGCGCGAUCAGUUGAGCUCCAUUGAUGGGAAGGAUGUGGAGGCUGGAUUACAGAAGGAACCGUUUGCGGACUCUAUAGAGCAGACGCAGAACUUGAAGGAUUUUGAGUCGAAGUCCGUGGAUGAUAGUAUUAGCACCGAGUUGACGGCUGCUGAGCGCAUUCAGCGCAGGAAGGGUGCGGCCAAGGUGAUUAUUGAGGGGGUGGAUAGACCUUUCUUCCAUGUGGAUUUGACUACUGCGUUGGAGAGUGCGAUGUCUUAUACGGAUUCUAAAGCGCCUUCGUUGAAUUAG